UUUUGAAUUAUAUUUAUUUUCAAGAUGGCAGCCUCCUUGAGAGUAAUUUCCAAAGGCUGUGAAAUUGGUUUAACGCAAAAUAGAACAUUGCAUUCAAAACUUAAAGCCUUAAACUUGACGUACUUGAACUUCAGAAGAAAUGCAUCAGUGGUUCGCAACGUACCACCGAAAAGUUUUGAAUACUGUUACGGUUUAGUAAGGCAAUAUGACCAUGAAAAUUAUCUAUGUUCCUUGCUACUAAAAAGAGACCUUCGUGCUGCAGCUAUUAUUUUGAGAGCAUUUAAUAUUGAAGUUGCUAUGGUGGCAAGCAAUGUAACAGACCCAGUUAGGGGUCUUGGAAGGUUCCAGUUCUGGAGAGAAACUCUGGAAGAAAUCUACAAUCCAAAGGGAAAUGUACCUCAAACACCAGUAGGCCAGUUGUUAAAUUGGGUAGUAAAUGAUUACAGGGUCUCCAAAUCAUGGCUGUCCAGGCUGAUUGAAGCAAGGGCAUCCAAUCCCAUGAGUCAGUUUAAGACACUGGUGGAGAUGGACAAUUAUUAUGAACAAGUUGUGGCCUCAAUGAAUUAUUUAUUACUUGAAUUACAUGGUGUCAAAGACGUACAAGCAGACCAUGCUGCCAGUCAUUUAGGGCGGUGUUACGGGAUGGUAAAUUUAUUAAAGGUCACCCCAUCCCAGCUGUCACAAGGAAAUGUUAUGUUUCCCCAUGACUUAUUAGCAAAGCAUUCAGUAUCUCAGGAAGAGGUCAUCCGAGGGAAAAACUCAAAAGGUGUUAGUGAAGUUGUGUACGAAAUAGCAAGUGUAGCAAAGCAGCAUUUAGACAAGGCCAGAUCAUUGAAAGGAAAUGUUCCAAAGGAGGCUAUACCCGUGUUUCUUCCAUCUGUGUUUUGUGAUAAUUACCUGACUUACUUACAAAAAGUGGACUUCAAUGUGUUUGAUCCAGCACUAAAUAAGAAGAAAUUUCUAUACCACAAACUUUUACUGCAAAAAUUCAAGAAAACCUAUUAAUAUCAGUCUGGUUAGAGGAGAUGUGGCUUCUGUGUUGCUGCAUACCGUUUCAGUUAUGUGUCAAACUAUUCAACAUGGGAGCAGAAUUAGGAUGCAACAAAUUUCUGAUUAACAGAGAUUCUUUGUUUUAUUAUUAUUUGAUUAAAGAAUGAUUUUGAA